UCCCGGUUUCUUUCUGUUUUUAAACUUUUUCUCUUUUGAAUUUUUGUUUUAAAUAAUUAAUGAAUAAUUUGUUUUAAAAGUCCUCGCUGUAAAUUUGGUGAUUGGUCUUUACUUUUCAAUCCACUGUGCCUGGAAUCGUACGGAGGUUUUACUAACCAUAAAUAUCAGCAUUGUAUCCAUUCGUGAUAGAGCUUCUAGAAUUUACUGAAGAGAUUGUGCAGCUGGAAGUUUACGAUGAGUGAUCGCGAUUGGCAAAAGCAGAUGCAGGAUGCGACGGAAGCGUACAACAGAUUUCAGAAAGAAUUGAACAAGAAUCUGCGGGCCCGUCAGCAGUUAGAGACUCAGCUGACGGAGAACACUUCGGUUAAAGAGGAAUUCGGAUAUUUGGACGCCAGUGCGAAGGUGUUCAAGCAGGUUGGUCCCGUUUUGGUUCCUCAGGACUUGGAGGAAGCCAAAGGGAACGUGCAGAAGCGGCUGGACUGGAUCAAUUCUGAACUGAAACGAGUAGACGCCGCGGCAAAGGAUCUGCACAAGAAUCUUGAGAAACAGAAAGAAGUCUUAAUGAAACUCCAGAAAGAAGUGGCCGAUUCGCAGGUGAAUGCGCUUGCGGCAAAGCACCGGAAAUGAUUACCGUGAUGCAAUCUCGUUCCUGUUGGUUAUGGAUUUUCUUCAUGUUUUGUAUUUUUCUGCUGCUGUUGGAAUUUUUUUGUAUGGAGAGGCUUUUAACUGUUUCGGAUUAUAGCGCAAAAUGUAAAUUGAAAUAAGGUUUAUACAUUGUUUCGGACAAAUGUACUAUUGACUGUGGUAGUGUACUAUAUAUCAUUUUAACUAUCCGCUGAUGGAAAGGAUGAUUGGAAUUUGGGAGUUUAAAAAGUUAAAUUUGCUUAUUAUCGGUUUGCUUUUAGAGUUAUCAGUUUUAUGGUUUAUUCAGUAUCCAUACGAUUUGCACUGGCACUCCAGCUAAUCUGGGAAUUUUCUGCCGAAAGCGGUAAUUUAAAAGAGCGUUAAUUUGAUUUUUUUGUCCUACUUCAACGCAA